UCAGUUCAGGACUUCAGCUCACCCCCAUGCUGUCUCCUGGCUCUGGGAACCAACUCUAGCAAACCCUUCACCAUGAGCCUCAGGCACGACACUGCCUCUCUUUGUACCAGUGCCAGGCGGUUUGGUGUCCUACAGGUGUGGCUGCUGCUGUCACUGCUCCUGACAGCACUAGUUCCCUGUACCAGCCAAGAAACUAACUACGUUGAAGCUGAAUUGUAUGCUGAACUGCGCUGCAUGUGUGUGAAAACCACUUCUGGUGUUCGUCCCAGUUACAUCAACAAUUUGCAGGUGAUCAGGGCAGGGGCCCACUGCGACAAAGUCGAAGUAAUAGUCACUUUGAAGGAUGGGAAGAAAAUCUGCUUGGACCCAGAAGCUCCUGUAAUCAAGAAAAUAGUCCAGAAAAUUUUGCAAGGUGAUGGAUCAGCUGCUUAAUCUGUUCAUUUUAUACCAAAACUUCUUCUCCUCCAGGAAGGGUGGGUUUAAAAAGUGUUGGAUUCUAGAGUUCUUAUUUACCCAGUGUACUUAUUCCCAUUGUAUUAACCUUUGGAUAGGUCUACCACUGUGUCUCCGAAAUCACAUUUUACUCCUAGAAGGCUAAUUAAAAGAUGCCUGAGAAAAGAUGAAAGUAAGCAAGCCCAGUUCCCAGAUGCAUAGUUUAACUUCUUAACUCUUGGCUAAAGAAGUGCUUUGCGUUUCUUUAUUUGAAAAUAUCUUUCCAAAUACAUUUGUGGGUCAGCUUAUCUUGCUUGACACUGCACACGCCCGUGAUGAUUAACAUAUUUCAUAAUGGUCAAUGAUGUUAGGGGUCACACAGUGCCCAGCAUAGAGUAGUUGUUCAAUAAAAGUUUGUUAAUAGAUUUAGGAACUUAUUAGACUUCUUCAGUGUCUAGUUCUAGGAUAUCUUGCUCAAAGUAUUCUCUGAAAGGUUUUUGUAAUGUUUAUUUUAGCCCUCAAAUCCUAAAAUUAAUAAAGUUGUAGAGUAUGAAUCUUGUAAGCAGUGGUGAUUUCCUUUAAAAUGAAUACAUGUAACAAUAAUAUGACAAAGAAUAUGAAAUGAAAAGGUAUUAAUAUGCUCUAUGAAGCCCUCCAUUAUCUUCUGCAAAAAAAGAAAAAAAAAUGAAAACGAUAGGUUGUACUUGAUGUUAAAUGUUACACUCUGGCAUGUUUGCAUACAUUUUCAUUUACUUAACAUCUGCGUGGUUACGGUUUUAGUAUUAGAGGCAUCUUUGCACAUAAGUACAAUGGAGCACUUAACCUUUACUAGACUAUUUAUGUUUCCUUUUUAAUCAGCAGACCUUCAUUCAUUUCUUAAUCCCUAAAA